AUGCCAAACGAGAGCACUCCUCUCAUCCAAACCGUCCGGGUCGGCCCAGCCCGCAGGCGGUAUCCUCAUCAGACCUGGCGUCGCUUCUUCACUCUGAUUUGCUCCGUCGUUCUUGUUGGCGGGUUUGGCUUGUUCCUCUUCCAGAACUUCCUAAUUGGUCCCCGCCAUCAUCAUGGCCACCCUGGUUCUUGGUUGCCCGGCAAGAGCCGUCUGAGUUACGACGAAUUGGAACGUAUUCUCUUUGAUACUCCGGAUCCUAAAAAGGCUGAGGAAUGGAGCCGCUACUACACCUCGGGCCCCCAUCUGGCUGGUGCCAACUAUUCACAGGCUGAAUGGACAAGGGACCGUUGGGAGGAGUUCGGAGUCAAGUCAGAAAUUGUUUCCUACGACGCCUAUCUUAACUACCCCGUUGAUGCCAGUGUCUCAAUCCUGAAGAAGACCAAGAACGGCAAAGACUGGAACACUACCUUCAAAGCCUCUCUCGAGGAAGACAUCAUCGACGAGGAUCCCACAAGCUCGCUUGAUAACCGUGUGCCCAUCUUCCACGGCUAUUCAGCAAGUGGCAAUGUCACUGCGUCCUUUGUCUAUGUCAACUAUGGAACUUAUCAAGAUUACGAGGAUCUCGUUAAUGCCAAGAUUGAUGUCAAGGGCAAGAUUGCUAUUGCCAGAUACGGUGGAAUUUUCCGCGGCCUCAAAGUCAAGCGUGCACAGGAACUGGGCUUUGAAGGUAUUCUCAUCUACAGCGACCCUGGCGAUGAUGGCGAGAGGACUGAGGAGAAUGGAUACAAGCCCUACCCCAAGGGUCCUGCGCGUAACCCCAGCGCUGUUCAGCGUGGAAGUGCAGAGUUCUUGAGUAUUCGUCCUGGUGAUCCAUCUACCCCUGGCUAUCCCUCCAAGCCCGGUGUUCCUCGAGCUCCAGUUGACGAUGCUACUGCUCACAUUCCUUCUAUCCCCAUCUCAUAUCGUGAUGCGCUUCCUAUCCUCAAGGCUCUGAACGGUCAUGGUCCCAAGAUUACUGAUUUCAACAAGUACUGGAACAAGAACCUAGGCCUCAAGUACAAGGGAGUUGACUACAACAUUGGCCCUACGCCAGACGAUGUUGUCAUCAACCUUUACAACGAGCAGAAAUAUGUCACCACCCCUAUUUGGGACGUCAUCGGCAUUGUUAACGGCACCAUCCCCAACGAGGUUAUCGUCGUCGGUAACCACCGAGAUGCUUGGAUCGCUGGCGGAGCUGGCGAUCCCAACAGCGGCUCAGCAGUUAUAAACGAGGUUAUUCGCGGAGUCGGAAAGGCUAUUGAGGCCGGUUGGAAGCCUCUUCGAACCAUCGUGUUCGCAAGCUGGGAUGGUGAGGAGUACUCUCUCAUCGGCAGCACUGAAUGGGUUGAGGAAUAUCUUCCUUGGCUUUCCGAAGCCAAUGUCGCCUACGUUAACGUUGACGUCGGCGUUGAUGGCCCCGAAUUCACCGCCUCUGCAGCUCCUCUUCUCAACCAGCUCAUCCGCGAUGUUACAAGCGCUGUUCCUUCACCCAACCAGACCGUCCCUGGCCAGACCGUCAACGAUCUCUGGUCCAAGAGGAUUGCAACUAUGGGCAGCGGCAGCGAUUUCACUGCUUUCCAAGACUUUGCUGGCAUUCCCUGCAUCGAUUUCGGUUUCAAGUACAGCAGCGACAGCGCUGUCUACCACUACCACAGCAACUACGACAGCUUCUACUGGAUGAAGGAAUACGGAGAUGUCGGCUUCAAGUACCACCGAACCAUGGCCCAGGUCCUUGGUCUGACCAUUGCAAAGCUCGCCGGCACCGUCAUCAUUCCCUUCAGUGCCAGCGAGUACGCCGAUGCUUUAGAGGGCUACCUUGACAAGGUCGAGGCCAAGUUUGAGCCUGCCGCUGAAACCCUCAGCUACGAGGAACUCUUCAACGCCCGCGGUGCCGUCUUGUCAAACAAGCCAAUCGGUAGCGAAGACGACUUCAAGAGGAGUCUUGAAGAUAUCCGCAAGCAACUCGGCGAGUUCAACCUCAAGGCUAGGGAGCUUGACGCCGAGGCCGAAAUUGCCAAGCGUGAGCUCGAGGAAGGCAUCCCGUGGUGGAACAUUAUCAAGAAGAUCCGCUUGGGUUACACUAUUGUCAAGGUCAACAAGAGAUACAAGUUCCUCGAGAGGAGCUUCCUCUACGAGGGUGGCUUAGAUGGCCGAGACUGGUUCAAGCAUGUUGUGUUUGCGCCUGGUAUCUGGACCGGUUACGCUGGAGCUGUUUUCCCUGGUUGGGUUGAAAGCAUCGACGCAAAGGACUAUAUCAAUGGUCUUAAGUGGUCUGCCAUCAUUUCGCGCUCCAUCAGCAGUGCUAUUGAUAGUCUCUCUGAUUAG